AAUGCAAAACCCAAAGAAGAAAAAGAAGAAGACAAGUACUGCUUUUUCUGUCAGGUGUGCCUCUCCUUUGAGACUGUGUUGCUCACCUCAGGGUCACAGAGCUCAGAAGGGGCGGGGAGACAAUUAGAAACCAUAUACCUCAGCUCAAAGGACGUAAUCUAGGGGAUGUUUAUUUGAUUAUAUACUGCACUGUGUUUUAACUGCAAGACUUAGUCAGAGGAGUACCAUCAACAGAAGAACAAAUGUCUCUUUUGGAGGAUUUUGUUUUCUUCCUUUUCUCUAGUCCCACCACUUUGUUGGUGGUUGUUGCUCUCUUUCUUGUCCUCUAUCUUGUUUCCAGUAGUUUCACCUCCCAGGAAAUGGGGAAGGAGCCCCCAGGACCAAGGCCUCUUCCCCUGUUUGGCAACCUUUUGCAGCUUGAUCUCAAGAGACCCUACAAAAGCCUCUGUGAGCUUUCAAAGAAACAUGGCUCUGUGUUUACGGUGUACUUUGGAACCAGUAAAGUGGUUGUUCUGUCUGGAUACAAAGCAGUCAAAGAGGCUCUGGUCAGUUAUGCAGAUGAGUUUGGAGACAGAUAUAUCUCCCCUAUUUUUUAUGAUACGAAUCAAGGUCACGGAAUUAUUUUUGCAAAUGGAGACUCAUGGAAAGAGCUGAGACGUUUUGCCCUCACCACCCUGAGGGACUUUGGGAUGGGCAAAAGAGUCGCUGAGCAAAAAAUCUUGGAGGAAUGUCACCAUCUGAUCCAAAUGUUUGCAAAGCAUGAAGGAAAACCAUUUGAUACAGCAUGCCCGGUGAAUUAUGCAACAUCCAAUAUCAUCUCCUCUAUCGUGUAUGGAAGCAGGUUUGAAUACAAUGACCCCCGAUUCAAAAACAUGGUGAGAAGAGCCAACGACACCAUAUGCAUUACCGGCUCUCCACAAAUCCAGCUUUACAACAUGUUUCCCCGGCUGGUUGGUUGGAUAAAAAACCGGCAGCUGAUAUUAAAAAAUGUUGAAAUGACCAUCAGAGAUGUCAAAGAUUUAAUCAGGCAUCUGAAAGAGACACUAAACCCUCAGAUCUGCAGGGGCCUUGUGGACUGUUUUCUAAAUCGGAAGCAGAAGGAAGAGGACUCUUCAGUUAUGGACACUCACUACAACGAGAAGAACUUGAUAUUUACAGUAACAAACCUGUUUGCGGCUGGUACUGAUACCACAGCGACUACACUGAGGUGGAGUUUGCUGCUUAUGGCUAAAUAUCCACGUAUACAAGAUCAGGUCCAGGAGGAGCUGGGCAGGGUGGUCGGAAGCCGUCAGGUCCGGGUAGAGGACAGGAUGAGCCUGCCGUACACUGAUGCUGUCAUCCACGAGACACAGAGACUGGCCAGCAUUGUCCCCAUGGCCAUUCCUCACAAAACCAGCCGAGACGUCACCUUCCAGGGCUACUUUAUCAAAGAGGGGACUACUGUGUUUCCUCUUCUUACUUCUGUCCUGCAUGAUGAGAGCGAGUGGGACAGCCCACACACCUUCAACCCUUCCCACUUCCUGGAUAAGGAGGGUAAAUUUACCCGGAGAGACGCCUUCAUGCCCUUUUCUGCAGGUCGCAGGGUGUGUCUUGGGGAAAGUCUGGCUAAAAUGGAGCUCUUCCUCUUCUUCACCGGCCUCCUCCAGCACUUUCGUUUCACUCCUCCACCUGGAGUUACAGAGGAUGAACUGGAUCUGACACCAGCUGUGGGCUUCGUCCUCGCCCCUUCACCUCAUGAGCUGUGUGCUGUCAGUCGCAAUGAGGAAGAGAGGAGCAUGGCAUUAUAACUGCCUGUGCCAAUGGCAUGAAUAUUGUUUUAUUCACCCUCACUAAGGCCACAACAUACUGAGCAGCCUGCAGAUAUCCCAUCCACAAGAAUACCAACAGGGGACAGUUUAUUUCAGUCACUUAUAAGGCAGGAAAUUAUUUGAAAUUGUAAUGAGAUAAAUAAAUGUAGUCAUACACAGUUGGAGACUAUCAAUGUUUUUUUGUAAUUUGUACACAUUAGUUUAAACAAGUUGUAGGAAUGUAUAUGGACUUUUCCAACUAGGCCACUGUUGAUUGUUUUCACAAAGAGAUGUAUUUGGUUUUGUAGGUUGUAAUUUGUCAAGGGUUUAAUUUCUUAGUUUGCAGCAAAUGGCAGAAAUCAUGCCAGAUUACAUUCUAAAAUUAAUUAAAUUUAGACCUGCUUCUUGAUGGCUGAUACCUCAUGUACAUCUAAAACUACAAUGAACUACAUUUAUAUA